GUGAUCUUUCGCUUCUCUCAAUCUAUCCAAUAAUUCAAAAGAAAAAGAAAAUAAUAAUAAUAAUAUCGUUAGCGGGCUAAAUCGUUAAGAAUUGCAUCAAACGUUAUCCGGAGAGGAAAUCACAAAACUUUCCUCGGUACGAAAACCUUAGCUUUAACACCCACCCCUUAGAACCAGCAAAGCUCUUCUCGUCCUCCAAUGGCGAUGGCGGUCUCAAUAUCAUCUCUCACAUCAUCCUUUACAUCUCUUUCAUUCUCUUCAAACGUCUCUUCGAAACCCCAAACAUCUCCCAUGAAAUCUGUCUCAUUGUCGAACCCUACUUCUGGGAAGCCCCUUUUCAUCACUGCCUCAUCAGCCGUGGAAGCAGCUGAGUCUACUGACCUUGAGAGUUUGGUGAAGUCGCGUCUUCCUGGUGGGUUUGCAGCUCAACCUUUUUGGGGUACUGGUCGCAGAAAAAGUGCCAUUGCUAGGGUUGUUCUUCAGGAAGGAACUGGAAAAUUUAUCAUUAAUUAUCGUGAUGCUAAGGAAUAUCUUCAAGGAAACCCAUUGUGGCUCCAAUAUGUGAAAACCCCACUGGCUACUCUAGGCUACGAAACUAGCUAUGAUGUGUUCGUCAAAGCGCAUGGUGGUGGGCUUUCUGGUCAAGCUCAGGCUAUAUCUCUUGGUAUUGCCAGGGCAUUGUUAAAGAUUAGUGCAAACCAUAGAUCUCCUCUGAAACAAGAAGGUCUUCUGACUCGAGAUGCCAGGGUUGUCGAGAGGAAGAAACCCGGGCUCAAAAAGGCUCGCAAAGCUCCUCAAUUCUCGAAACGUUGAGUUUGGAGUUGUCAUUUAGUCCAUACUUUCUGUAGAUUCAUUUGUUGUGUUCCAAAAUGAACAACAUAGUCUGCCGUAGUACUUUUUUCCGUCUAUGUUUUCAUGUUUACAAGGUCUAAUGUUUUGAAUCGGAUCAGCUAGGCUAUGUUCUAUCAGACACAUCAUGUUAGAGUAAUUUUGGUGUUGUAACUUUAAACCACAUUUUGUAGAUGGCACUCUAAAACAAGAACCUUGUUUCUUUGAAUUUGCUUUAUGGGUAUGGAUUCCACCCCUUGUGGGUGAUUCAAUACCCAAUUUUUGUA